AUGUCCAACUUUAAAUCUCUUAUGAAAAUGCCUUACUCAAAAUUAGCAUCUAAGUGCUUAGCUCUUGAAGAAAUCUUAUAAAGGUAUUAUGAAUUUGAAACAGCUCAUUACGAUCUAUAAAGCAAAUAUCAAAUCUAAAUAACUAAAUAUGAAAGGACUUGUAAAAAAUAUGAGCUAAAUUAUGAUAUAUAAACUACAGCAAGUCAUUCAAAUAAAAAAGAUAAAUCACAUACUGAAAUAGGAGAGAGAAUUGAAAUUUAUGCUUUGGAAGAUAUUGAAACUACACAAUUUAUUAAAAGUCUAUUAAAAUUUGAGAAUGUAAAAAUAAUUACAAUAGAACUAAAAUAAAUUUGAAAAAUUAAAAUUUAAGUGGCAUAGGAUUUGAUCAAACAGAUUCAUCUCCAGAAAAUGAUCAUUAUGAAGGUAUCAUUUCUACAUUUAAGAAUGAAAUCAGUCGACUUAACAAAUUAUUAAUUAAAAUUCAAAUAAUAAAAAGGUUUCACAGCUAAGAUUGGAAUUAGUAAUUCCAAAACAAAAGAAAUAGAUGAAAGAUAGCUAAGGUAACAACUCAAUAAAUAAAAAUUAUUGAAAUAACAAAAAUUAUUUAGUCCACAAAAAGAAUCGAAUGAAUUAACAAAUUUGUGA